UGGGCCACUGGGAGAAGCGUGAUAUCCAAAAAUUGAUGUUUUAGACGUGAAAAAAGGUGACAACAUGGCGCCAACGGAGCAAGAUCCAGAAAUUAUUCUCGCUCAGAGAUUGGCCUCUAACGAGAAAAGUAUGCGGACUAAAGCCAUGAAUAAGCUUCGAAAGUAUAUCAGUCUCCGAUCACAGAAAAGCCAAGGUGGGUUUACGCCAGUCGAGCUGUUGAAAGUCUGGAAGGGGCUUUUCUAUUGCUUGUGGAUGCAAGACAAGCCACUUCUACAGGAGGAGCUGUCAAAUCGGAUAUCUACUUUAAUCCACAGUUUUCAGAGCUUCGACAGCCAGCUCUUGUUUUUUGAGGCUUUCCUUCAGACCGUGAAGAGAGAGUGGAACGGGAUUGACAGACUCCGCAUGGAUAAAUUUUACCAGUUGGUCCGCUUUGUCUUCAGGGAAGUCUUCGACGUGCUGAAGAGGAAGGAGUGGGAGGCCAGCGUGGUGAACAGGUUUUUGGAGCUGUUCUCUGCUCAGCUCCUGCACAGCUCCAGUGCUGCCCCGACCGGACUGAUGCUCCACAUCCUGGACCUCUACAUGACUGAGCUGGCCCGGGUCGGCUCAGAGGAGCUCACUGCCCAGCAGAACCUCAGUUUCAUCAAGCCUUUCUGCAAAACGAUGGCCAAAACUAAAGAUCGGAUCCUGUUGAAGUCCAUCUCCUGUAAUAUAUUCAACACCAUUGUGGACCAGGCGCCGUUUGCCAUUGAAGACCUGAUGAAGGAGUUGAAGGAGGGAGAAGGAGACGCUGACUCGGGUCAGGCCUCUGGGGAGGACGGGGAGGAGAAAGAGGAGGAGGACCAACAUAAAAGCGAAACAGCUACAAAAAGUUCCAAGAAACCCAAAGGAAAACAGGUCAACGGCGUGGCAAAGGCAAACUCUGAGGAGGAAGUCGACAUCGACAUGGAAGAUGAAGAUGAAGAUGAUGUGUUGGACAUGGACGACAUGGAUCCUGAGAGGGAACCAGAUGACGAAGACAUUGGACCCAUUCUUCAGUUUGACUACGCCACCAUCGCCGAUCAUCUCUUUGCGUUGGCCAGUCGCUCCAACACACCCAGCUGCAACCGAAACAAGAUCUACAAACUGGUGAAGACGUUUCGGGAUUUGAGUGAAGGGGUGUUCCCACAAGACGAGAUUCCUGAGGACGUGUCUUCGUCGUCCGAUGAGGAUGACUAUGAUGACGACUUAUUUGAUGAUGAGACGAACACAAAGAAGAGGAAGAAGAGAAAAGGAAGAGAGAAGGAGGAGGGGGAGUCACCCGCUAAGAAACAAAAAGCAAAUCAAGCCGAUUCCCCUGGUGAUGCUACGUCCAAGAAGAAGAAGAAGAAGAGGAAAAAGAAGAAGAAGAAGAAGACAGGAGAAGGAAAGAGUGGAGAAGGAGAGAGUGUUACAGAAAACAAAACAGAAAACCCAGAGGAGAACACUGCUGAGGCAACAGCAGCACACACGGACGACGUCUCCAAGGUAACGGUCCAGUGGGCAACAGACUCGGAGAAAACAGACACUCCACCUCCACUGGAGGUUUCGGAGGCAGAGACCAAAACUGUGUCCUCUUCCCCCGUACAGAGUGCCCUGGAUGGGGACAGCACAGACAUCUCAAAGACCUCUGAAAAAAGUUAUGAGCUGGUGAAUACAAUCAAAAUCACUAUAGAAACAGAGAAACAGGACGUUAGCACUCAACCGGAAACCGCAGUUGCAGCCACAGAGCCAGAGAGCCAACCAGAGACUGUUAAUGCUUCAGAGGGAGAGGUGGAGAGCCAGUUUGAACCUCAAGGAGCGCAUGCCACCGCAGACGGACAAUCAGACGCAGCCACCGAUGCCUCAUCCAAUACAAAGAAGAGGAGAAAGAGCAAGAGGCUGAAAGCUGUCUCCCAGGAAGCUGAGGAGGUAGAAGGGACCACAACUCAGCCUGCCUCUGAAAAUGCUUCCAGUGAGAAAGAGGCAAAGAUGGAGAGUGUGUCAGAAACACAAGCUGCUCCGGAUGGAGAGAGAAAAGAAGAAACUGGAACAGCAGGAGAAGAGAAGAAAAAGAAGAAAGAAGGUAAAGAGAAAACCGAACGGCCCGAGGGGGCAGGCACCGCGGCCGACCCCAACCAAACGGAGCCGGGAGCAGACGACGCCCAGGCAGACGAACAACCCGUGCGGGACGUCCCCGGGACUCCGAAAAAAAAGAAGAGCAACAAGAAAAAACAGAAAAGUGUCUUAUCGGAAGAGCAGAUUGUUGAAGCAGAGGUAGAUGAUAAACCAGCUGAUGGCACAGGUCCCGAGAGCAGCGAUGGUCUCACUGAUGACCAGACAGGAGAAAUAACUGUAGACGCUUCACUGGAGAACGAGAAGGAAACAACGGUUUCUGAAGCACAGACCGCAGACCUUGAGCCAUGUAAAAUGUCUGAGGCUGCAGUCGACUGCGCAGUUGCAGACACUGCUGACAAGCCUGCUCAAGAGAGCUGUGUAGACAUGAGUGUGCCCACCCCACUUAAGCAGAAAAAGAAGCAAGGGAAACGGAGAGUUCCAGAAACAGAUGACCAGACCAAAGAGUCUGAGAUGGAUCUGCAGGCAGAGGCUGCCCUGCAGACAGAGGCUUCUCCAGAUGCUGUUCUUCUAGAACCCGCAUGCGCAGUUGAGCAGCCAGCAGAUGUCACUGUUCCCACGCCAUCGAAGAAAAAGAAGACGCCUAAGAAGCGGAAAGCACAGCUCACGGAAGAACAGGCUGUGGAGGCAGAGAGCGAAAAAGAGCCAACUGCAACAUCUGACUGCGCAGACGCAGACAGUAAUGACAAAACUGCAGAAAAGAGCUGCGCAGACACAUCAGGCUCUGACAAAGCUGCAGAGGAGGGAUGCACAGACAACUCACUAAAGAAAAAACAGAACAAGAAACAAAAGAAAAAACUGCAGCCUGCAGUAGACAAAGAAGCAGACGAGGUUGACUGCGCAGCUGCUGCACCAGCAGUUUCUGAUGAUCAGUCAGAAUCCACCGAUACGCCGGCUCCGCUGAAAAAGCAAAAGAAAAAAUUAAAGAAACAGAAGGCAGAGGAGAUUAAUGGAGAGAGCCAGCCAGAAACAGGCGUCGUCUGCGACGUUGCAGCCGUCGCAGACGGGAGCGGCGCGGACGAACAGAACAACAGCACUGCCACUCCGCUGAAAAAGAAAGGCAAGAAGAAACAGAAAUCAUGCCAGGUUGAGACCGAACCAGCAGAGACAGAGGCUGGUAGUGACCUCGCAGACGCAGCUGAUACGAACUGUGCAGACGACACGCAGACAGAGAGCAGUCCUGUCACCCCACUAAGGAACACCAAAAAAAAGAAGAGGAAACUUGUGACAGCAGGGGGAGACACAGCUCAGAUGAAUGGCUUCACAGAGCAGGAAACCGGCGGCAAGAAACCCAAAAUAAGCAUAGGAGCUGAGGAGGUUUCCACUCCCACAGGUGCCAAGAAAUCAAAGCAGAGGAAGAAGAAGCUGAUGACAUCUCCUGACUCAGAGUUUAUUAAGUUUCAGAGUAAAGUGACCACACCCACACCUCUGUUCUGCAAAACUAAAAUGGGCUCCGGCACCCCUCUCGGCGGCAAAAAGACUCCCAAGUCAGAAACGAAGAAAGUUACGUUCGGACUGAAAAACAAUAAAACUGCAGAGUUCAGAAAGACCGAUCGAAGCUUAUUGUUGAGUCCAGAUGGUUCGUCGAGAGUAGCUUUUGACCCCAAGAGGACACCCAAAUGUGGGGUCUUAAAGUCGCCCAUUUCAUCGCCUGUGGUCAGCAUCAAAAAGAAGGUCCCUAAGACCAGGCCGACUGCCGCUGAUUUCUUCUGAAGCACAUCUGAGGAAAAGAAAAAAAGACUUUUUUCAAAUAAUUCUUUGUCUAAACCCCAGUUUGGUUACACACAGAAAUAAGAAAAGGAUAUUUGAACCUUUGAAAGACUUUGGGGGUUUUAUUGUUUUUGUGUGUUUCCUCAAUUUUAGACAGAAAUGAAAUUUGGAAUGUUAAGUUAAAA